AUGGAAUCUAUCAAGCAACAAAUAAAAGUUAAUUUAGAUGAGGAUGGAAUGAUUCCUAUAAAUAAGCCUUAUCAAAACAUUAUAAUUGAUUUACCAUCAGUUUCAGAUUAACAACAAAUUUUAUCACAGUCAAGUGGCAUAUCAGAUGAAUUAGAUAUUUAUGAACCAGAUAGGACUUCUUCAAUUAGCAAAUACGUUUUUAUUUUGAAACUAACCUAUGCUGGAAGUUUUUUCUUCCAAAUAGAAUACUAUGAUAAAAUAACUCAAUCUACACUAUACACAGAUCCUCAAUAUUUGAUUGUUGAGCCUAGAUUUGAUAUCCACCAGUAAAAUAGAUAUUCUUAAUUAAACACACGCUAGCUGUCAGUUUUGACAGUUUUGUCAAGAUGUAUGGGAAAGUUAGACUAAUGGGAAGGUUUCCUUUAAACUUAACGAUAACUUGGAUACAACACUAUUCAUCUCACUCCAAUCCAGUAAUACGGUGUCUCACAAAGUCUCUACUCUAUUGCUGAUCAUAAUCGAUUAGAUGACAUAUACUUUGAAUCUUAUUUAGCAUAAGAAGAGCAACUUGAAUUGCUAAAGGCGACAAUAGAUAAUUUAAAGUAGGAGUAGGGUUGGGUAUUUAUAAUGGAUAUUGUCUUGAAUCACUCUGCUAGGAAUUCAGAUUGGGUAGCCAAACAUCCUGAAGUCACUUACAAUUUAAGCAAUUGCCCUUGGUUGUAUGCUGCUCAUUAACUGGAUCAAGCGAUACUCAAAUUUUCUCAUGAUUAUGCUAAUUGUAAAAUUAGUUCAUGUAUAAAUGUAGCAGAGCAUGUUAAGAAACUAGAGCAAUAUAUGAAAGAUCCUCUUAAUAUUGAUCCAAAAAAAAUAGAUCUAUUGAUUAGGAAUAUGAAUAAUCAUGGAGAAAGUAGAUAUGGGGUAACUUUAGAUCUUGAAUUCGCUUCUAAUUUAAUUAUUGAUGAAAGUCUAAAGAAACCUAAGAAGCAGAUUCUGGAAGAAUUCGCAGAUAUUUUGAAUGUUAUCAAUGAAACUUGGCGAGUAAAAAUCGGAGAUUACAUGAGUGAAGUAAUCAAGAAUAUAGAACAAGAUGUCAGAUACAACAAGAUCUAACUCAAGAAUAUUAAGGAAGAAUAUGGAGGAAAGGAUCACUGGCAUCACUUAAGAAGAUCUGCAAUUUGUUGGGGUGACUCAGUUAAACUAAGAUAUGGAAAUCAGCCUAGUGACUCCCCUUAUCUAUGGAAUUACAUGGCUAACUAUGUCAAAUCAAUGGCUUAAAUAUUUGAUGGAAUUAGACUAGAUAAUGCUCAUAAUACUCCACUUCCUUUAGCCACUUAUAUGAUAAAUCAGGCAAGAAACGUCAAUCCAAAUCUCUAUGUUUGUGCAGAGCUGUUUUGUGAUUCUAAACAAUCUGAACUCUAAUAUGUCAAGUAACUUGGAGUGAACCAUCUACUGAGAGAUCUCUAAUGUAAUGGAAUGAGUGGAAACGCCAUUGCUACCACUUUUGGAUUUGAUAUAUUUGUUCCCAAAUAACCUUCAGUUGUAUAUGAGAGGAGACUGUAUCCAAAAGUAGAUUAUUCCCCAAUGCUCUCAGAAAUAGCUAAAUUGAAAAGUAUCAAGCAAAUUGCUAAACCUAGACCAUGCAAUAAGUAAAUAGUGCAUUUUUUCUAUAAGCAAAAAAGUAAACUCGAAAAAACAAUAGAACUUGCAUUAAGCUGUACCAAUUGGAUGCCAAUCUAUUAACUAAAACUAGUCAAUGGUGUUUUCUAAACAGACAUUGAACUACCAAUUGGCAAAUAUGAAUAUAAAUUUGUAAUAAAUGGCGGUUAGUAUUGGAGCUGUGAGACAUCAUUGCCAAUGGUCGACAAUGGAUGUGGAGAUAAUAAUAAUUUUAUUGAAGUAAAGGGUAAAUUCGACAUCAAAAAUGAAGAGUCGGAUGUCACUCAUAAUAAUUUAGUCUACAUUAGAAAGGUGAUGAACAGAAUACAUGAAGAAUUUAAUCAAUAUGAUUAAUAUGUAUCUAUGUUUCAUUAGAGAUAAGAUAAUAUAAUUACAAUGACAAGGAAGUUUGCUAGAACAUUAAAGCACUAAAAUUUUGACAUUUAUUUCUUGAUUUGUAAAGUUGAGUAUCCCUAUGAGAGAUAAUCAAGCACAGAGGUUUCAGUAGUUAAGUUGCCAGGAACUUUUGUGGAAUUAGAGUUUUGUGGAUACUUGGAAAUACCUGAAGAUUUAGAAUAUUACAACUAUAAUCAUAAGAUAGUAAAUGGAAUUGAAACUGCGAGGCUCAAUCUGUUUAUCAAAAAUUUGCCUUCAUACAUUUCUAUUGACGAUGAUCCUAAUAAUCAUGAGGAGUAAUAGAUUAAAAUUCAAGCUUUUGACUAACUACCAGCAAAUUAUAGCAUAUUAUUGAAGCUAAAAAGCUAUGACUUAGAAAAUGAUGAAGAAUUUUAUUGA